UGUCACCAAAGGUGAUAAAUCCUGGAAAGAAACCACAAUAUAGAGGUAGGAAGAAGAAAUGCUUUAGUGAAGAGGACAGAUGUCUUGCAUUUUAACCCCUUCCUUAUUUGAAAGAACAUGUAGCCAUCCAGUAGUAACUGGGCUUCAACUAUUAUCAGUCAGAUUUGGAGCCACAGUGGCGUAAUGGGUUAAAUGCUUGUGCCGGCUGGACUACUGACCUAAAGAUUGAGUUGCUGACCUGAAUGUUUCUGGUUUGAAUCUGCGAGAUAGGGUGAGCCCCUGUCUGUCAGCUCUAACUUGCGGGGACAUGAGAAAAGCCUCCCAGCAAGAUGGUACUAUAUCUGGGUGUCCCCGGGUAAUGUCUCUGUAGACAGCUCAUUCUCUCACACCAGGAGUGACUUGCAGUAUGUUCUCAAGUUGCUUCUGACAUGAUAAAAAAGCAUUAGGACCCCAGGUCAAUGAUCAUAAAUGAUGGGGGCUGUAAUCUAACAAUAUCUAGAGCAGUGGUUCCUAACCUGUGGGCCAUGGUCCACUGGUGGGCCACAAGACCUAAAAUAAGGUCUGUGAAACAUACAGGAAAAAUCAGCUCUAGAUUAUUAAAUACGGUUUUUUGUGGCCGAGCAGAUGGCAACUACUGGAUGGCAUAUGUUCUGUAUCAGAAACUAGAGCUGAUGUGUGGUCUAUCCAAUGCAAUUUUCUGAAGCAGAACCCCAGAUAACCAAAUCUAAAGUUGACCAAAAACAAUUUGUAAUCCUUUUGGUACUAAUGUUGGAUAGUGGUCAAAGUGGUCCCCAGUCAAGUGCUCUCUGGUCAAAGUGGUCCCUGGUCAAAGUGGUCUGUGGUCCUGGGUCAAAAAAGGGUUGGGAACCACUGAUCAAGAGUAAGGGAGGACAACUUCCAGAAAUCUGAGGGCCAUCCAGACCUUCCAGUAUUGUCCUUCAGGCUAGUAAUUGCCCCUUUUUGAAAAAGUAGAUGUAAGCAGAAAUCACAUGAAGUUACAAAUUAUUCACCCAACCCAAAACAGCUUGGUAGGCCUAAAAUGGCAAAAUUAUACACCCCACCCCUAAACCCUCAGAAAGUAGGUACUGUUCAUAUGGGAGCUCAAACAACUUUUUGCCAUAUAAUCCUCCCCUCAUGUAGAGGAAGAUGAAAAUCCAUUAUCAUACAUAAUGGCUUGUCCAUUAUGUAUGAUAAUGACAGAGGCAAUAGCUUCCAUUAGUCAUCACCGCUAGUUCUUCAUUUGCUAUCACACCUGUCAAUAUUUGCAUUGUACUUGCAUCCUGCUAUUUCUCAUUCUACAAGUAUGUGCCAUACGCCAUAUGCCUUUAUUUGCUAGUUUAGCUAUCUCACUUACAAAACUACAUUCCUCUGGAAUUCUGCCUAGUAACUUGGAGUUGCUAUUUGUUAACACUCUAGGUAUCUGUUGUGGCUCCUGUAAAACAGCAAAACAAACUACAUAAUCACCAUAUGAAAUGUAUCUUUUGCUGUUGUGGAGGAAGGGAGAAAAUACACAGACUGAAUUGGAUCGGUGAAAUGGAACUGACAUCCAAUGGUGACUCAACAGAAGAAAAGAAAGCGUGGAUGCAAUAAUCCCAUCACGAUUACCAGGGAAACUUUGCUGCCUUUGUAAGCAGUGUGACUGGUUCGACGGGGAGCAGAUUGCCAGCGGUAGUACUAUUCGCAUUGGACGAGGAAGAGUGGUAGCCUGUGUCCCCCUGAGGAAAGGGGUGGAGUUCUCCUCUUGUGGUUUUCAUGCUUGGAUGUCUCAGUGCUAAGGUGCUGGAAACCUCCUGGACAUUCUGCCUGCCAGUGGCAUGAAAAGUAAAAAUGCAACGGAGGAAAAACAAGGAAGAUGACGGCUUGAUCACAAACGAGGAAGAUCUCAGAGAGUUUGAUUAUGGGAGCUUAAAGAAGAGUUCUGAGCAAAAGGAUUCCAUUUAUGGAACUGUAGUAUUUCCUGAGAAGCCAAUAAAGUUGUCUGGUUAUGAAAUCGUAGGUGAUGACUCUGAGCAGAAGACACAGUACUCCAAAAGAUCUGAGUAUUAUGCAGUGGACGACAGUCCAGGGGGGCUACCCAUGACCUCCCUUCAGAUCCCACAGUCGAAUAAAGAGAUACCAUUGGGCCAUGCUGGCAGGAGCAUUGUGAACUUCUUCAACGAUGAGAAAACGAGGAUAGACUUCAUCCUUGUAUGGGAAUCUGAUCACCAGACUUUGGAAGGAGAAAGUGAAGGAACUGAGACACCAAAAUCUAGACAACAGAAAUCCAUGGAGAUGCACAGGAUCUGGCGAGAGAUGUUUCUGAAUAAACUGCAGAUGGCAGGGCUCAAAAUGGAAAAGCAUGUAUCCCAAAAUACAAAGAAGUUAGUACACUUUAUAUUGCUAAGUGCACCCUGGAGCGUACUCUGCUAUUAUGCUGAAGACCUAAGGCUGAGGGUUCCUUUGCAGGUUGUGCCCAAUCAGGAAGUCAGUAACUGGUCCCACAGGAUUCUGAUGAAACUGGGUAUCCCUAACCUGCUUUAUGAUGAAGUUCCUGACUUUCCUGUGGAUUAUUAUACCUGUCAUUUUAUGGCAAAUAAGUUACACAGGUUUCUCGGGAGCAAUAACCAUGAGACAUUCUUCAGUAGCACACAACGGCACAGAAUACUUUAUGAGAUCCUGGCCACGACAUCGUAUGGUAACCCCAAAACAGGAGAGGUUGGAAUAGAAAGGCUCCUGAGUGAGGAAGUCUUCACAGCUGCAUUCCCAAUGCAUGAUGGUCCUUACAAGAUGCCAUCAGAAGAGAUGGUCCCCCCUCAGUUGACUCAGAGGCAGAUUCUCUUCCACUAUUGGGCCCAAUGGUGUAAAUGGAAGAAGUAUCAGCCUUUGGACCACAUCCGAAGGUACUUUGGGGAGAAGAUUGCUCUCUACUUUGCCUGGCUUGGUUUCUACACUGGGUGGCUUCUACCAGCAGCUGUUGUAGGAACACUAGUCUUCAUAAUAGGCAUCUUUAUGAUAUUUAAUGACAUCCCUACGCAGGAGAUCUGUACCAGUGGUGGUGACUAUCAGAUGUGUCCACUUUGCAAAGUCUGCCCUUACUGGAACCUUUCCACCGUUUGUCCAAUGUUUCAGGCUGGCCGUCUUUUUGAUCAUGGCGGGACAGUCUUCUUUAGCAUCUUCAUGUCUCUGUGGGCAGUUACGUUCCUUGAGUACUGGAAGCGAAUGAAUGCGACUCUGAAUUAUCGCUGGGACUGUUCAGACUUUGAAGAUAUUGAGGAACGUCCACGGCCACAGUUUACGGCCAUGGCCCCGAUGACAACAUUGAAUCCAAUUACUGGCGAGGAGGAACCUUAUUUCCCCAAGAAACAUCGUUUUAAAAGAAUCAUUGCUGGAUCAACAGUCAUCAUUAUGAUGAUUUCUAUUGUGGUGAUGUUUCUGAUUUCCAUCAUUCUUUACCGAGCCAUCAUUGCUGUAGUCGUGUCCAGAUCUGGAAAUUUCCUUGUUGUGGCUUCGGCUUCUCGUAUUGCUAGCCUCACUGGCUCAGUUGUGAACCUCAUCUUCAUUCUCAUCCUCUCCAAAAUCUAUAUUGCACUGGCACGUUUUCUUACCAGGUGGGAGAUGCACCGUACCCAGACCAUGUUUGAAGAUGCCUUCACCUUUAAAGUGUUUGUCUUUGAGUUUGUCAACUUCUACUCCUCUCCUAUCUACAUUGCCUUCUUUAAAGGCAGGUUUGUAGGCUAUCCUGGUCACUACACAAAACUUCUGGGCAUCCGCAAUGAGGAUUGUGGUCCAGGUGGCUGUCUCAUUGAACUUGCCCAGGAGCUGCUGGUCAUCAUGGUGGGAAAGCAAGUAAUUAACAAUGUGCAGGAGAUCGUCAUACCGAAGUUGAAAACAUGGUGGCAUAAGCGAGACCAACUCUCUCAAAGGAAUAAAAAGGGUCAAGAACAUCUCAUCCAGCAGCUUUGGGAGAGUGAUUAUGAGCUGCUGCCCUAUGAAGGGCUCUUUAAUGAAUACUUGGAAAUGGUCCUGCAGUUUGGCUUUAUUACUAUCUUUGUGGCGGCCUGUCCCCUGGCACCUCUUUUUGCCUUGCUUAACAAUUGGGUGGAGAUUCGCUUGGAUGCCCAGAAGUUUGUUUGUGAAUACCGGCGCCCCGUGGCAGAGCGAGCCCAAGGCAUUGGCAUCUGGUUCAAUAUUCUGGGGGUCAUCACACACUUGGCAGUCAUUAGCAAUGCCUUCUUGAUUGCCUUCACAUCUGAUUUUCUCCCUCGGCUAUAUUACCAAUACACCCGUGACAGCAAUUUAGAGGGCUACAUUGAUUUCACCCUGGCCUAUGCUCCUAAAUCUUACGUUAAAGAGCACAAUGUUACAUGCAGGUACCGAGCCUUUCGAGAACAAAGUGGCAGAUAUUCACUUGCUUACUGGAAUCUACUGGCAAUUCGUCUUGGUUUUAUCAUUGUAUUUGAGCAUGUGGUUUUCUUCAUUGCACACAUGAUCGACAUGAUGGUGCCUGACAUCCCGGAAGUGGUGGAAAUAAAAGUGAAGCGAGAGCACUAUCUAGCUAAACAAGCUCUGGCUGAAAAUAAGGCCCUCAUUGAGGUGAUAGAUGUGAGAAAUCCAACCCCUCCGGUGGAAAAAGUACCAUAGUGGCAGAUCCAAGGACCAAGCAAAACGACUACAUUUUCUCCAGGCCAAUGGAUGAAGUUUUUGGAGAAGCAAACUUCAGAGGCAGAAGAAAAAUCAGACUGGCCCUGCUUGUACAAUAGUGUCAGUUUCUCCAGUCUGAUGUGCUCUAUUUGCCAUAUUGUAGAAUUCUAUUUAAAACAUUUUAGGACUUUGGGAAUUUCACCUGUCAACAUAGCUGCUGAAGUCUUUGUGAAGAAAAGUUGUGUGGUAGUGAAAGUAUGAAACCGAUCAUAAGAAAAGAUUAAACCAACCAGCCUAGCAGUCAACUUUUCAGUUGCCCCACUCUUUCACUACCAUCAAAUGAAGAGGUUCUUCCACAGCUAUUUAUAAAAACAUUGAAGUUAGCAAGAAAUAUAGAUGAGGAGUGUAUCUUUCUCCUAUUUAUUGUGAUGGAAGAGAAUCCUGUGAAACAGUGAGCAAGAUUUCUUCCUAAGAGUAAGUAUCUUUGAGAGUAGCAAAGAGAAUUAUUACCACAACCCUGCCAUUUGGAGCUGAACUAAGAGCAGCUGUGUAGUCUGCUUAACAUGUACGGACAAUCUUAAUAGGGAUUACUGACUCGGAAGAGGGCAAUGGUGAAACGACUCAUAUUCAGCCGCAUGAGCUGUUCUUCUCUUCCCCCUACAAAUACAGUGCAGGACUGUAAUUAUGUUUAGUGCAUCCAUUUGGAUUUGCUUGCAAUGGAAGCUACAAAUCUCAGUAAUGUGGUGCAUGUGCCGAAAUCAUGCCUGAAGAGUACCCUCUCAACAUAAAUAGACAGGGCCUGUCAAUCAUUAAAUUUGACUACCAUUUGGAAAAACUUAGAAACAUCAGCAUCAACAGAUCAAUUUCAGAAAAGCUGGUAGGAAUCCCGAAGCAGAUUGACUUUAAAAAAUAAUAAAGCACACAGAAAAUAAAGGCUAACCACUCAAAGCUGUUUCAGGUUUUAUUUUUUAGAAUUUAUAAAAUUCCAGUGUCAUCCAUACUCAUGAGCCUUUAUACAUCUUUUGCAUAUAAUCUCCAAAUUCCAAAGUUAAGGCCAAGGGAUCAUUGCCAUGGAAACAUAAUAUGGAAGACAUUAAAAGGACAUGGAGCACACCUCCACAGAGCAUCUGCUGCACACGAUGGGGAACAGAGGGGCAGGGAAUACUCUCAACAGUUUGAACAAAUGGCAGGGUUCGAGCCAUGCUCAACGGCAGUUCAAGCCUAAAACACAUGUGCAAGUGAUGUGUGACAUUUGGACACCAGGUACCGCUGGCAAGACAUUGCACACUACUACCCUGUUUCAUUCUGCUCAGGUGGCGAUAGGGCUCAUCUUGGCCCUACAUCGAAUUACCCUAGAGAAAUGAUUUCUCCCCCCUUACUCAGACUCACUUGAAAUGAGAAUUUUUCUUUUACUUCUGGUCAGGCAAGUGAGCAGUCUUGAAAGACAAGAGCUUUGCAGACCUUUCCCCAGUGCGCACUGGGGCAUAAAUGACCCUGGGGCUAGGAUGCUAGCUAAUGGCUCAGAAAAGCUCUUGGGAGGGGAAGAGGGAGCAGACAGAGCAGAGUUGGCACCAGAGCCAGCACCACCACCAGCACCUUCGGCAGAAAAGAUAGAUAACCAUGUAAUGGCUGGAAGAGCAGCUUUAAAAUACAAGGAACCUUGUAUUGGUUUUAUGGCAGCAGCUAGAAAGCAGCAACUACUGCUGCCAGGACAACAGGACAGGACACUUGCUGCUACACUACAAGAAGGCUUUUACAGAAUGUAGUAAAUCACGAGCUGAGGAACCUUCAACCUGCCAGAUAUUUUGGAUUAUAACUCCCUUUGUUUUUGUUUUGUUUUAUCAUGGAUCAUGCUGGUUUGAGUUUUUGAGAGCUGAAAAUUCAAAACAUCAGGAGGACCAAAGGCUCAUCACCCCUGAACCAAGUCUUCUCUCCUCCCCUCAGGAGAGGCUUCAUUUUUAAGACUGAACUGCAAUCGGCUUCUUCCACUUAAGUGAGAGCCACUCCUUACCUGCCACCCUCCAAGGCCUAACAUUAGUCACAGGUCAAAUCAUGUGGCAGCAAUUAAGACCAUCUUUGUUGGAAGGGAUAUUUGAUACCCUAGAUCCUGUCUGAAGCCACACAUACAUCCCUCUUCUGCGAGAGGAACCAUAUUCAUGAUAACAGGAAGCAAGAGGGGCUGUCUGGAGAAGCAGGCCACUGUCAUACUGGCUUGAGGUAGAAAGAAGGCAAUAGUAAAAAGCAAAAGAUACACCCGAACCCUGGUACUUAAAUGCCAUCACAACCAAGCUGAGGAGGGCGCAGGGCCCCUUCUUAACACUAAGCGAAUCACCACCAUCUUCUGCAGCUACCAUGGCACUUUUUGUUGAACCAAGUUCUGUGAGACCCCAUAAUACUGUCAGCUUUCUGGCUGAGCUCAGCCACACUACUGUUGGGAAGGAAGAACAGAAAAAAGUGAUGCGGGAGAACACUGGUGAUGAGCUCCAAUUCAACACUCAUGCUGAUGAGGGAAGGAUUGUGGUACGCUCAACGCUGCAGACUAGCACAGCCAGGGCUCUGUCAGUGCUUUUGGGGGCCUCCAACUACUGGGCUAAACCUCCCUCUC